AUGGCGUGUCUUAUCCAAUCCUCUCGCUGAAGAGAGAGAGUAACGAGCAAAGCAAAGCAAGCACUGCCAAAACAGUAGGAAAUUUAUGGUUGCGUACGUGUCUCCUUCUCGUUGGUUUGUGAUUCCAAAUUUUGACUUGCAAUAUUUGUUUAUUAUUACAUCAUUGACCUGUUUUGUUUCCCCAAUAAAACACAGAAAAAAACUGAAACCCCGAAAGAAAAAACCAGUCUUCUUCAACCUUUCCUUCAAUCCUCCGUUUUCUUUUUCUCUCUUGGAAAUAUUUAAGUAUUCUUUCCCUCCCUCUCGAUUACUUCAUUUUCUUUCUUUCCUUCUUUAUUGUUUUCCCCCUUCCAUUUUCUCAUUAAACAAACAAACAGCAAUAAAUACCGGCCAUACAUAAGUCAUUUCAUGGUGUGUGUUCGUACCCUGCAAGUCACUGUCAUUGCAUUACUCUCUCUUUCCCUAUAAAUUUUCUCUCUCCUCCUUACGACAAUCCACCAUUAAUGCUUUCGCUUUCUUCUUCACUAUGCUUUUUUUCUUUUUCUUCUUUCUUCCCCCUCUCCUUACUGUUCUGUGCUACUCGCAAAAAGAAAAAAGAAAACUCAAUAAAGAUUAAAGAAUCCUCUCAUUAAUUUCUCUUCAAUCUGCUCCGCCAUUUCCUUUUUUUUUUUUUUCUUGUGUGGGUACUAUAGCCCGUAAUUGUCAAAAUAUAAAUUCAUACGUAUAUAUAUAUAUGUGUGUGUGUGUGUGUGUGUGUGUGUGUGUUUGUGUGUGUAUUUAAUGAACAAGCCAGCUUGAAACUCGCUGAUCGUCCAAUCUCGCACCCACGCAGUUAUUAAUGCCUGAUAUUCACUUUCGAUUACCCUAGAUAAGAUCAGAGAAGAAUCCGCUUUUAAAACCCGUCUCUCUCUUUCUCUCUCUAGUCUACUCUGCAACACUGGACGCCAUGAUGAUUUGUUUGACAGCUAUUGCGAGUUGAAGACACUACUCUCUCUUUUUGGACCUUGUUUGUUUUCUGAUUUCUCCACAAAGGAAAAAAAAAAAAAAAGAGAGUAACAUUACAGAAGGGUUUGGUGGUGAGGGUUAUAGUUGUGUUGUAAGUAAUAAAGAGGAGAGAUGGGGAGGACUCCUUGUUGUGAUAAGAAGGGAUUGAAGAAAGGUCCAUGGACUCCUGAAGAAGAUGAGCUUCUUGUUAACUAUAUCAAGACUAAUGGCCAUGGAAGCUGGCGUUCUCUCCCUAAGCUUGCAGGUCUCCUCCGCUGUGGAAAGAGUUGCCGCCUCAGAUGGACAAAUUAUCUCAGGCCAGACAUAAAACGUGGCCCUUUCACUCUUGAGGAAGAAAAGCUUGUCAUACAGCUUCAUGGCAUUCUUGGAAACAGAUGGGCAGCCAUAGCUGCUCAGCUACCUGGAAGAACAGACAACGAGAUCAAGAACUUAUGGAACACCCACCUGAAAAAGCGCCUAGUUUGCAUGGGACUCGAUCCCCAGACUCACGAGCCAUUUGCCUUCUGCGGAUCAACAGCUAAAACACCGGCUUCUCCGGUGACUCGUCACAUGGCACAGUGGGAAAGUGCCAGGCUUGAAGCCGAGGCUCGCCUGUCAAGGGAGUCAUUGCUUUUCAACCCUCCGAUUCCUGGAAACACAGAGUCUGAUUACUUCCUACGAAUUUGGAAUUCUGAAGUUGGAGAAUCCUUUCGGAAGUUGGAUAAAACUGCAGGGCAAAGCUCUGGAGUUGCUUCUCAGUCGUCUUCCUCCACAAAAUGUGGAUCAGCAUCGGCUACCAACACUGAGAAUGGCCUCCACUUAGCAGGAUCCUCGACGACUCUAGCAUUUGCAAGGACCCAGAAAGAAGAUACGGAAUGCAAAAGCUCCAAGUCCUGCAUUGAUCAACUUUUGGUUGCGUCUGACUCGUCGUGCUCCAACGAAAUGGAGGAUUCGUCGGACACAGCUCUGCAAUUGCUGUUGGAUUUCCCUAUUAACAAUGAUAUGAGCUUCUUGGAAGAAAAUGUUGAUAAUUAUGACAUGUCUUCUGGUUUAUUGUCAAGUACUGGUAGCUCCUUGACCUGCUCCCUUUUGAAGCAUGGUUAAAGAGCUUGGCCGCUGGUUAUUGAUUUAGCUUAGUUUUUGCUUGAAUGAAAAAACUGGGUUUUGUGUGUUGUAACAUAUAGCAACUGGAGAGGAGUGAAAGAGAAAAGCUUGAUAGCUGAGAGUGAAAAGGGUAUUUAGCAUUGGUUUGCCGGUCAGUGUGAGGUCUUAUUAUGAUAGUUAGCAUUUAAUUAGCA